AUGUUAGCGCCAAAGAUAUUUAAUUCAUUACCAGACAGCGGCCCAAGCUUCUGCUUCAUCUUCGACAUGACUUACGAAGCAGUUCAGUCCGGUUUUACUUAUCAAAUGAUUACUUCUGCUAAAACAGCCUUAGACAGCAUGAAUCAAGAUUCCCAUAUAUGUAUAAUCACUAUGGGAGCUGUUCUUACUGCAUACUGCUUUACAGAUCAUACAGAAGCCGUAAUUUGCGAUCUUACAGAUAUUUCUUACAUCUCUGGCUGCACAGCCACUUUAAUUGACGUAAUUGACGAAAUUAAAUCCUACUUCAACUACUUACUUACUCAAUCUGGCGCUCCAAAUACAACAAAUUGCUUAUUCAGCGCCUGUGAAGCUGCUUUGGCCUUAUUAAGUGGCUCCGGUGGUGUAAUUGUCGCUAACUUCUACGGAAUGCCUUCAAAAGGACCAAGAGCCAUAACAGCAAGGCAAGCAACAGAAUCCGGCACAGAAGUCGAGUUUUUGAGGCUUCCUAAAGGCGGAAUAGGUGACUACACAGGCAAAUUCUGCGCUGCUUUGAACAACGCCGGCUUUUCUGUCCAUUUAUUUGGAACUCCAAGGCCAAAUCAGUCAAUGGAGCUUGCAAUUGUCGGCUGCAUGAGUGGUCUGACAGGAGGAGCCUUACAUCAUUAUCCAGUUUUGGACGAAUUCGCGUUCCAAGAUUUACAUAACGAUUUAUUCAGAACUCUUACACAGGAAUACUACUGGGAUUCAUCAAUGAGACUCAGAGUAUCCAACGGCAUCAAAAUCAACUCGUUAUCAGGCAAUAUUUACACGAAUCAGCAUCAAACAAUUAUAUUUCCGGUAAUGGUUGGUUCCUACACCGUAUCCUUCGAUCUUUCGAUUACAGGAGACCUUCCUCCAGGCGGUGCUCUUCUCCAACUCGCCAUUCUCUUUACAAAUUCCGUCAGACAACGUGUAAUUCGAAUUUUCAACUUCAUGUUGCCAUAUUCUACCGAUAUCCGAGCAAUCGGAUCUACAGCCGACGAAGGCGCCAUCGCCACAAUCAUUCUCAAGCAGACAUCAACAAAUUUGAUGAGAAUUGGUCCGGCGGAGACCUCAAACGAGAUCAAGAAGAUGAUAACAGUAAUGAACAACCGAGGACACAGAUUCCAGUCAAUUCUGACCAUGGUUCAUUCACUUUUGAAUUCAGAUGUACUGAGAAUUCCAAGUCCAUUUGGAGUUGA